UACCCAUUUCUGACAGAAAGCUCGUCUUCUUGUUUGACAAGAAGCUGCCUCUCAGCUUCUCCUCUGUUUUGCUGCGGCUGAUCCAUCAGUCACUCAUUCACAGCUGGGCGCCACCAUGAGCCUAAAGAAACUCAGUUUCAAAUGGUUCGGCAGCCUAACCAACAUCUCUUUUCGCCGCUCCACGGAGAAAUCAGACUCAAAGGCCUCCAAGUCCAAGUCUGGACAAGAGGGUGAAUGUUCUGCCUCAGGACAGUUAGGUCCUAUUGUUGAGACAACACUGGAUGAUAUGGGGGCAAUGAGACCUCGCACUGCCAGCUAUGUGCGCUCCAGUCAGGAUUACACACACGUGGGCACGCUGCCUCGACUGCUGUCGAGAAAGAAGGACAAACAGUGCAAAGGAACUCUCAGCAGUAGCAAGAAGACUAAAGACAAGAGCAGCAUCACCAGAAGUCAGAGUCAGAGACCUGCAGGAGAAAAGAGAGAGGUUUUAGUGACACUCUCAGAUUGCUCUUCCAGUACGUCUAAGUGUAAAGAAAAAGAUACAGCUGACGCUCUGAUGGAAGGAGUCCACUCAGCUGAGGGGGAAGACAAGAUCCCAGAUGUUUCUUCUGCUGAUUCCAAAACACAGUCUGAACAUGGAGAAGAUGCAGCAGUCAUCCAAAACAGCCCUGCUGGACCCACUGUUCCUAGUGAAGAAGUGCUGCCAUCUGGUGGCCCAGGUGCAGCACUUCAAUCCACAGAUAGAAAUGUAUUAAAUGCAGAGGAGACUGCGGUUAGCCAGGAAGUCGAAGAAGCUAUUGAAAGUGAUGGAUUGGAGUUAAAUGAGAAGGAAAGGAACUCGGAGAAGAGAAAAGGCUUUGACAUUUACUGCCACAUGAAGCCGACAGAAGCCCCUAAAGAACAACUUCAGUUCUCAAAGGAGAAAUACCUUUUGGAGUCUCCCCCUGAGAAGCUUCGUAAAGAACUGGAAGAGGAGUUGAAACUGAGCCCCUCUGACAUCAGGAGCCAUGGCUGGUACCAUGGACACAUACCCAGAGAGGUGUCCGAGUCUCUGGUUUUGCGAAAUGGGGAUUUCCUUGUGCGAGAUUCUCUGACCAAUGUUGGUGAUUAUGUUCUGACCUGUCGGUGGGACAAUGAGGUUCUCCACUAUAAGAUCAGCAAAGUUCUGGUGAAAUCCAAUGAGACUAAGGUGCAGUAUAUGUUGGAGUCAGACAGUUUUGACUCCGUUCAGGAGCUUGUGCGUUUUUACGUUGGCCAACGCAAAGCGGUCUCCCAGUCCAGCAGCGCCCACAUCUACUGUCCCGUCAGUAGGACUCUACCUCUGCGCUACCUGGAGGCAACCUUCGCCCUCUCCAACAGCAAGCAUGGCUCUGCCUACUCGCCAUCCAGCCAGAGGGGUGCGUACAUCAAGAGGCGGAGCGUCACCAUGACCGACGGGCUGACGACAGAAAAGAUGAUGCCUCACAGUGACUCAGACAGCCCCAGUCCUGUUGAGACACCAGCAGCACCACCAGAACCAGAGCCGGAGCCUUUGUCCGAUUACAGCCCAUCAACCAUCCACCAUCAUAAAGACGCAAUGCGCAAUUGUGCAAUGAGUAUGGACCAGAUUCAGGAGUACCGCUGCCCCUUGUCGCCUGUUGGGGAAACCCCGCUGUCUCCAGCAUACAGUGCUAUCACGAGGCAGAGAGCCCAUUCAGGCGGACGGGUCCUGGCUGUCGUACCUCCCUCCCCCGUGAUACGCCGUUCCAGCGACCCUCAGCUCAGCCCCUCGGAUGGUAGUGCUCCUGCAGAAUUUCCCACACAAACCUGUCACUCUGCACACUCCUCACCUGCUCAUCAUGCUGCCUACCAAUCGCACUCCUCUGAGACGGCAGGGAGUUACUGUGACCUCAGACCCUGCCCCUCUGGGCCACCCAAACCCCCAGCUAAGAGCUAUGUGGAGCGAUUGCGAGUGGAAGAAGGAGGGAAAGGAGAAGCCAGAGAAGAAGGAGAGAGGACUUUCAGUCCCCCAGUGGUGGAGUCAACCUCCUUAUUCAGGCCAUCCAGGUAUGAGUCUUGCCUUCUUCCUGCUGAAAAUAAACCUCUGGAGAUGUCUGUGCUGAAGAGAGUAAAAGAACUGCUGGGUGAGGUUGAUGCCAGUACUGCAGCUAAACACAUCACCCUCGCGGACUGCAAGGUUGCUAGAAUAUUAGGUGUAACGGCAGAGAUGCAAAGGAUGAUGGGAGUGUCCUCAGGGUUGGAGUUGCUUACGUUGCCACAUGGACAUCAGCAGAGACUUGACUUGUUGGAGAGGUUUUACACCAUGUCUAUCAUGAUGGCAGUGGACCUCCUUGGCUGUACAGGAAGUACAGAGGAGAGAGCAGCCCUGCUUCACAAAACCAUCCAGCUGGCAGCAGAAUUGAAAAGUAACUUGGGAAACAUGUUUGGUUUUGCUGCUGUGAUGCGAGCUCUGGAGAUGCCUCAGAUUUCCCGCCUGGAGCAGACAUGGGUGACCUUACGCCAGAGACAUACAGAGGGCGCUAUUUUGUAUGAGAAGAAACUCAAACCGUUCUUGAAGAACAUGAAUGAUGGCAAAGAAUCCAGCGUCAUAUCCAACACCUCUUUCCCCCACGUCCUCCCUGUCCUGUCUUUGCUGGAGCGGGGCGCCGCCGUCGGAGAGGUACUAGAGCCCUGGGAAAGCUCGGAGGCGGGAGUGGAUGUGGUCAUGCACCACCUAGAGGCUGCACGCACCAUUGCACAUCACGGGGAGAUCUACAAAAAUACAGCUGAGAGCAAACUGCAGGGAUUCCAGGAGCAACCUGAGAUACGUGAGGUCUUCCAGACGGAGUUUCAGAUGCGUCUACUGUGGGGUAGCCGCGGUUCUGAGGGCAGCCAAUCAGAGCGCUACGAGAAGUUUGACAAAGUUCUCACAGCUUUGUCUCACAAACUAGAGCCUCCUGUGCGCCACAGCGAGCUAUAGCAUCUGCCCUGUAUCUUCCGAUCGCCAAAACACUCUUGUUGCACUUACCACUCACAGUGGUGUGGUUUUGUUUAGUGCUGCAAACUGGGAUGGAGAUGAUGAUGCUGAUGUGGACGAGGAGGGAGUGAUUGAGGAGGCAGCUAUAAGCGCACGAGAACAUUUCCUGUUGUUGGACAUGUGUUGCACUCACUGUGGAACAGGAAAAAAAAAAUCCUAUGUUCUUCCCUGUGGACUUACCUGCUAAAAUAUUUAAAUCCAAGGGAAAAGCUCUUCGAUGGGAACAUGUGUACCAUCGACUCUGAGGGCCAAAUGAAGCUCCAAAGUAUGGCUUCGAUCCAGUAUAACAUCAACACACAUCUGUCACCACAUUGCUGGGAUGACCAUAUUCCACCUAGCUCAUGAGAUGUUCAAUCUGUGUGAGUAUGCCUGCAUCAUGAGGUGUACUCCUCCAUUUUUAUGUCUGUUGUUUAAUUCAUUUUUUUGUUUACGAGUAUCAAAAAAUUGUGGAUAUUUCUUCAUGAUGUUCAUAAGAGUGCUGAUCACAAGGGAACCCUGCAAAUAAAAUCAUUUAAUAUGGAUCAAGCAACCCCAUUAAAUCCCAUUAAAAAUGUACCAGGUAUGCAUUAAUAAAUGCUGAUUUAAUGCAACAACUUGAAUGUGAGAGCUCAGUGAGGAUAAAGUGACCUUCCCCCUCUUCUGGCUGGCUAAGACAUUUCAUUUCAUAGGUCCUGUAUGCAAAAAUUAGCUUGAAGCAUUAUUGCAAAGACGACUCAAUGUGGAAUAUGUGCAUUUUAAAUUUCGUUAAUGAAAGGUUUCACAUAGUAUGGGAACAUUUUUGAACAUGUUUCAUUUUUUUCAAAGCUUACACAAUUGGUUGAUGCAUGUGACUAAAUCUUUCACCAAGACAAAUUUUGCUUAAUGGCAACUGUGUGUCAGACAUAUGAAGCAUAAAAAAGGAGUCUGUGGUAAUGUGCUCUUUAUGUGGAGAGAUUCUAAUGAGAGUCAGGGAAAGUACACGUCCAUCUCGAUAAAUCAGAAUACCAUUGAAAAGUUAAUUUGUUUCUGUAAUCCAGUUCAAAAAGUAAAACGUGUUUACUAAAAAGAUUAAUUGCAGUGGCUCUACCAGACGUGACAAACAAAAGCUUACUGGUUGACUGUGGAUCAGUGGAAAAUCAUCAUACAACUAAAAACUUUUGGAAAGGGGUCCAGCUUCUUCCUGCCACAUUUAAUUGUGAUUAUGGGCAAGGAAUUCAACCCCUUGUUCUCUACAAAUCUUCAUAUUUGUGUAUGGAGGGCUCACAUUUUUGAAUUGUAAAGCUCUUAGAGUGGUCAGUUUGACUAGAAAGGCACUGUAUGAAUUUAGUAGAUUUAUCAUUAGCAAACUGUUUGCAGAGUGCUGCAUCCAAGUAAGACAAAGGGAAAUCUAGCAGAAGGAUAAUUGUCAAGCAGAGGGGAUAUUUGCAGCCCAUUUAAAAUGUAACUAAAACUGAUGUUAAACAUCUCCACCCCAGACAAAUGUGGAAAAAUACCCCAAAGUCUUCAAAGCAAGAGACUAUCGCCCAGAUUUUUAGUCAUAAAGCACUAAGUCGAUUUUUGGGCAAAUAUUGCAAAAUUAAAAAGGAUUUCUCUAAAUUCUGAAGAUUUUCAGAGUAACAUAACAACAGCAAAUUUAAGGCCUAAUUAAUAUAAUUUGUCAACAAAAAAAUAUUGAGCCCUGGUUUAGUUAUUCUCUAAAGCAGGCAUCCUCAAAGUCGGUCCUGGAGGGCCGCUGUCCUGCAGGUUUUAGAGGUUUCCCUGCUCCAGCACAGCUGAUUUACAUUAAUAGUUGAUUACCGGUAACAGGCUUCUGCUGAAAUGCAAUCAUCAGAACCAGCUGUGCCCAAGCAGAGAAACCUCUAAAACCUGCAGGACACUCCAGGACCGACUUUGGGGAUGCCUGCUCUAAAGGUUGAAUAAAUCAGUAAACCUCUUCAGAUCUAUGUUUGUCAAUAAACAUACAUCCACAAAAUGCCCAUACUUUUCCAACACGCAUCUUCAGAUUAUGCAGCCAUGUUUGCUGAACACAGCUCACAUCAUUCAUCCUGCGAAGAUGUGCAGUACCUUUUCCUAAAGGAGAAACUUCACACACACCACUGAGCUCUGUGUCGACCCCCUCCUGCACGUAGAUCAGAAGCAUAUUUGCGAAUAGACUUUAACAAUAUCAGAACCUCUCAAUUAAUUGUGAAAUACAUAUGUAGACAAUGGAGGAAAAGAACAACCUGACAGUGAUAGAGCUCUAUCUCUCUCUUCCCUUAUGUUAAGCCACUUAUCCAAAGAAUACUCCAAACGCAUUUUACAUGGGGUAACAAGAAAAAUGAAAAUAUUUUUGUUUGGUUCACCGUAGGCAUAAAGGAGAGCAACAAAAUCAAAAUGAGUUUGUUCCAGUUAAAAAUUGUUUACUGUCAGGGAUGAUUUGUCAUUCGUAUUGAUGCCAUGAAAAAUUCUUAUUUUCCAAAGAUUUAAAUCUGGGUUUUUACUUUUCACUGAACCAUAUCAUUAAAAUGAAAAUAAAGUAUGUUUAUCUGUGAAUUACAGAAAUAAAUUGAUAUUUCCAUGAUAUUCAUCUGUGCUGACAUGCAAUAGUAUGUUGCAUUCAAUUAAUGUUCAGUUCGAAUAAUGACUAUGUUUUCCACUUAAUUAAUCAGCAAUAGCGCUCAAAUAAUUGUAACAACACCUGUUUUACUUUAAAGAUUGGUUAAAACUUCAGGCUCAUUUAUGUUUUAUUUUUUGCUGUAAUCUAGUCUGAGAGGGCUGGAGCCACCUCUCAGAACUAUGCAAUCAUUUUUGCCAGGAACCCUUAAGUUAUUUAAGGAACCAUAAUUUUUUUUUUUUUUUUUGUGGUCUUCAGAACAGUUGAUGGAGGACAUAAUAGAUAGCAAUUUCUUGGAAAGGUUCAGUUUAUUUAAAAUCUUUCAGUUGAUGUUGGAUCCGUGAUCUAUUCUGGAAUCAGCUGUACCGAUCAGACUUGGAGCCACUUUAGUCAGCAAAAAAAGGUAUAAAGACAUUACACAGAGGCAUGGAGAAAUGACGCAGAUCUUGCUUGUUUUGUGACCAAGAGGAUACCUACUGGCUUAGGUUUCAUUAAAAACAUUAAUGAUAAUGUGAAGUGCUUUUAUUUGUAUGAAGUAAGCAAAAAAAAAAAAGUCAGGAAAUGAUUCAGGACUGAUCUCAUGUUUCUUUUGUACUGUACAUAGUAAUUCAUUUUUUCAAAUAAAACAAUUGCUUGUGUCGA